AUGGUGGGGGAACUAGUAUUUCUUUUUCGAAGUCUCCAUGGGAUACUCACGUCCUCGGGCACUGCAGGAGCAGUGGUGGUUUGGCUGAUGGGCUACAAGCCAGCCUUGUUUGGGUUUCUAUUCCUUCUGCUGUUGCUUAGCAGCUGGCUGGUGAAGUAUGAACACAAGCCCACCUCCCCAGAACCCCAGAAGGAGGAGGCAGAGAAACCAAAGACUCCCGCAGCCCACCCCAACCAUGGCAAGGCCAUGAACCCGAAGGAAAUGGAGAGGAUACAUGCCUGCUUUGCCCUCCAGGACAAGAUCCUCGAACGGCUUUUGUUCAGUGAAAUGAAGGUGAAGGUCUUAGAAAAUCAGAUGUUCUUCCUAUGGAAUAAAAUGAAUCAGCACAGGCGGUCCAGCAGACAUGGGAAGUUUCCCACGAGGAAACACAGGAAGAGAAGGUGCGGGUCAGUUUUCUCCAUCACUGACUGUACCUCCAGUUCUCCCACCAGAUGA